UUUAGGCCGGCUUCGACUCUGCCAUUGGUUGAGGGCAGUUCUUGUUUUUACUGUCUGGAAUGUUGGACAGUAGCCCAUUUCAAAGGAGAUGGGCUUGAUAGACGUGGCUGGAUAACAGACACAAACAGGACUUGGAUGCUAAGCAGGUAUCACCCUGUUGUAGCGGCUGAAAGUUCGGGUCAGUUGACCAUGCUGUUACAGAGGCUGUCUCUUCGUGCCGGGCUCCCUCCGAGCCCCAGGACUCAACGCACCACCAUCUUCCCUCGUCUAGCCAAAGCACUGACACAAGUGGGUCUGGCGCGUGCCAAAAGUAACUCCUUCACCCACCGCGGGGAGCUCCGCAAGGCCAAGAGGAUUGUGGUCAAGCUGGGCAGCGCCGUAGUCACCCGGGGUGAUGAGUGCGGCCUGGCGCUGGGCAGGCUGGCCUCGGUAGUAGAGCAGGUGGCCAUGCUACAGAACCAGGGGAGAGAGAUGAUGAUCGUCACCAGUGGAGCGGUGGCCUUCGGGAAGCAGAGACUGAGGCACGAGAUCCUGCUGUCCCAGAGUGUCAGACAGGCCCUGCACUCUGGACAGAACCAGAUCAAAGACAUGUCAGUACCAGUUUUCGAGGCGCGGGCCUGUGCGGCAGCCGGACAGAGUGGUCUGAUGGCCCUGUAUGAGGCCAUGUUCACCCAGUACAGCACAUGCACUGCACAGGUCCUGGUCACCAACCUGGACUUCCAUGACGACCAGAAGCGGUGGAACCUGAACAGCACGCUGCAGGAGCUGCUUCGCAUGAACAUCGUACCCAUUAUCAACACCAACGAUGCCGUGGUGCCCCCGCCCGAGCCCAACAGCGACCUCCAGGGGGUAAACGUGGGUAAGGGCACGGGGGGAACGGAGGGGCAAGAACAGGGGCGAGAGGUCAUCAGUAUAAAGGACAAUGACAGCCUGGCGGCACGCCUGGCCGUGGAGAUGAAGGCAGACCUCCUCAUUGCUCUCUCUGACGUAGAAGGUCUGUACGACAGCCCUCCUGGAACAGAUGACGCCAAACUCAUUGACAUCUUCUACCCUGGUGACCAGCUGUCGAUCACCUACGGCACAAAAUCCAGGGUGGGGAUAGGAGGCAUGGAGGCCAAGGUAAAGGCGGCCCUGUGGGCCCUACAGGGGGGCACGUCGGUAGUCAUUGCCAACGGCACCCACCCCAAGGUGACGGGCCACGUCAUCACUGACAUCGUGGAGGGCAAGAAAGUGGGCACCUUCUUCUCCGAGGUCAAACCUGCCGGCCCCACCGUGGAGCAGCAGACUGAGAUGGCCCGGAACUCUGGCAGGACCCUGGCAGCCCUUCAUCCAGAACAGAGAGGUGAGAUCAUCCGUCACCUGGCAAACCUGCUGGUUGAGAAGAAGGAGGAGAUCCUUGCUGCUAACAAGAUGGACAUGGACAUAGCAGUCAAUGCAGGUCAGUUGUCGUCAGCCUUGCUGAACCGUCUGAGCCUGUCCCCGGCCAAGCUGAAUAGCCUGGCUAUAGGCCUGAGACAGAUAGCCCUGGCCUCUCGGGACAGCGUGGGCAGAGUGCUGCGUAGGACCAGAGUAGCCCACAAUUUAGAGCUAGAGCAGAUCACUGUGCCCAUAGGAGUACUGCUGGUCAUCUUCGAGGCCCGCCCCGACUGCUUGCCACAGGUAUCAGCUUUAGCCAUAGCCAGCGGGAAUGCUCUGCUGGCGAAGGGGGGCAAGGAAGCAGCCAACACCAACCGCAUCUUACUUGAGCUGACCCAGGAAGCACUGGAUAUCCACUGGGUCAAAGAGGCUGUACAGCUGGUGAGUACCCGUGAGGAGGUGGAGGACCUGUGUAGACUAGAUGAGAUGAUAGACCUGAUCAUCCCGCGAGGCUCAUCCCAGCUGGUCAAGAACAUUCAGAGCGCAGCCAAGGGCAUCCCAGUUCUGGGCCACAGUGAAGGCAUCUGCCACGUCUACAUCGACUCGGAGGCCGCCAUCGACAAGGCCAUCAAGAUCGUCAGAGACUCUAAAUGUGACUAUCCUGCGGCCUGCAAUGCUAUGGAAACACUGUUGGUUCACAGGGACAUACUCAGGACUCCUCUGUUUGACCAGAUCAUAGACAUGCUCCGCACCGAACAGGUGAAGAUUCACGCUGGCCCCAGGUUUGCCUCCAACCUGACCUUCAGCCCAUCAGAGGUCAAGUCUCUGAGGACAGAGUACGGGGAUCUGGAGUGCUGCAUCGAGGUGGUGGACAGUAUGCAGGAAGCGAUAGACCAUAUCCACAGAUAUGGCAGCUCCCACACCGACGUCAUUGUGACUGAAAACGAGGACACAGCGGAGCGGUUCCUGCAGCAGCUGGACAGUGCUUGUGUGUUCUGGAACGUCAGUUCGCGAUUCGCAGACGGAUACCGCUUCGGACUGGGUGCUGAGGUGGGCAUCAGCACAGCUCGUAUCCAUGCCCGGGGCCCCGUGGGCCUGGAGGGUCUCCUCACCACUAAGUGGGUCCUGAGAGGAGACGGCCACACUGCUGCAGACUUCUCUGAACAGGGCACCAUGGAGUACCUCCACGAGAAUUUGCCAGUCACACAGCCACAGCCCAGACAGAUAGCUGCCCAGAGUGAGGAAUGACAGAGGAUCUCCAACUAGAGACACACCUAAACACACUUAACCACUUCAUGAGAGAAAAGCUUUCCCCUGGUACCAAAGAAACAAUCCCAUUGUCAUAUUCAUUCGAUCUGGAUCAGAGUUUCAUUAAUUCUACACCAGCUCUCAAAAGUUUUAUUGCAGUGAUUAGCUCACUCAGUAUUCAGUGAAUCAACUCAUGAUUGGUUACAUUGACCCUGUUAGACUGUAGAAGGUCUCACACCAUUGGUCUAGACAUGAAUUGGUCUAGAUCUUAUGCGCAGUAGUGAUGAGUUUGGUAAAUAUGCUCUCCAGGACCCACACUUAAAGGGAAUUUUUGCUUAAGCUAGUUUACAUCUGUGUUAUUAUCUCUAUCAAGAGGCUCCCCUCUUGGUUUUAGUUCCUAUUGAUUGGUCUGUUGUGCUGUGCUCUAUCAGAUGAGACCCUUACCCUCAAAGUAUUGGUUCGGUGAUAUGAAUGCACAACCAAACAGUGUUGAUGCUAGGUUUAAAGCUCAACCUAAGUUAGGAAAGUUACUGGUGUGUCAUUUAAAUUGGGCUUGAAUUGUAGGUCCUCAAGGCCACAAAUUGUAUGAAUUGCUAUUAACAUUAAUACUGCAUCGUUUUGCAGUUCUACCAACACAAUCCUUAUUUAUAUGCAGUUAAAUGACCAGUGAUGAACCAUUGGAUAAACAAUAUUUAAUAACCUUAAAUGUGUUUUGUCAUAGAUAUGGAUGAAUAAAACAUUUAUUGACCCAAUCUUAUUCAUAAGCAUUCAAGUUAGAUUUAAUUCUAUAAGAAAGCACGUCCUUUUUUUUUUUUCCUCUUUUCCUCAAAACUUUUUAUGUCCUUUUGAAUGCAAAUGCUUUAUUCUCCUGCUUUUGCUUUUUUUUUCCCACACGGUCUAUUUACGUCGACUUUACAGUGCCCAGAGCCUCUGUCAGAUACAAGAGCUGCUUUCCGUCUCCUUCAGGGGACUACUGCCUUAAGAUACAGCGCUGCUGUUACAUUCCAGCUUAUGAGCUUUAUAUCUGAUGUCAAGUGACGCACACUACAGAUCAGUUUUGGUUUUUUUUUGUUGUAAUUUGUAGACCAUAUUGUAGAAUAAAAGUUUUUGGUGAAUAACAA